CCCGUGAUCACGGCAACAGUAAGCUAGCUGCUCGUUAGGUCUUAUUGUGAGCACGCGCCGGGCCUACUCCGUACCCCGUGUUCUACCUGUGGUUUCUUACCUGUGAUUUUAACACAUUUACUCGGACUGAAGAGGUCCCGCAGACCCGCAGGCACUACCCGGUCCUUCCCCCGGUCCAUGGUGUGAUUUUUGUCCGCCCAUAGCGGAGGAGAGACGGUGAAAGAUGACUCAGUUUCUCCCCCCUAACCUUCUGGCCCUGUUCGCCCCCCGGGACCCCAUCCCCUUCCUGCCCCAGCUGGAGAAACUUCCCCAUGAGAAGCACCACAACCAGCCCUACAGCGGCAUCGCUCCCUUCAUCAGGCACUUCGAGGUGACUUUAACCCCCACAGGCUCCCGUAGCUUUGACAGAGACAGACUGGAGAGGAAGAGGAGGGAGAAAAUCGAGAGGAGGCAAGCUGUGAUGGAGACAGAGCUGAAGCUUUGGGACCCCCACAAUGACCCCAACGCACAGGGCGAUGCCUUUAAGACCCUGUUUGUGGCUCGAGUGAACUACGAUACCACAGAGUCCAAGCUGCGUCGUGAAUUUGAAGUCUAUGGCCCCAUCAAACGGAUUUACAUCGUGUACAACAAGAGGACGGGGAAACCUCGUGGCUAUGCUUUCAUCGAGUACGAGCAUGAACGGGACAUGCACUCCGCCUACAAACACGCCGACGGGAAGAAGAUCGACGGCAGGAGAGUGCUGGUGGAUGUGGAGCGAGGGCGCACCGUGAAGGGAUGGCACCCUCGAAGGCUAGGUGGAGGUUUGGGAGGCACCAGGAGAGGAGGCGCUGAUGUCAACAUCAAACACUCGGGCCGAGACGAUGCGUCCCGUUACGACGACCGUCCUCUGGGAGGUGAUCGAGACCGAAGGGAGCGCAGCAGGGAGCGAGACCGGGACAAGGACAGGGAGCGCAGGAGGUCCAGGUCCAGGGAGCGCCGCAGGCGUAGUCGAUCCAGGGAGAGAGAGAGAGAUAGGGACAGAGCGACCGCAGGAGAGGACGGAGGGGGCAGCAGGCGCAGAGAGAGAGACAGGGACAGGGAGAGAGGGGCAGGAGGCGACAGCAGGAGCAGGGAGAGGAGCAGAGAGAGGAAGAGGAGGAGCAGGAGCAGAGACCGUAAGAGAGACAGAGAGAGAGGUAAGGGGGCCGACGGGGAGGAGAUGGGGCAGGCUGACGGGGCCCCAGAGGGCGGGGACAGGAUGCUGGACGAGCACGAGGGGGAGGCGGGGGAGGGAAUGGAGGAGCGAAGGGACAGGGAGCGAGACAGGGACCGAGACCGCCGCCGCAGCCACCGGGACAGAGACAGAGACAGACGGCGAGAUCGGGACAGAGACCGCGAGCACAAGCGGGACAGGGAGAAGGGCGAGCGCAGGGAGGAUAGACACCGAGACGACAUGGCGGCCCAAGACGACAUGGGCCCCGAGGACGAGGGAGGGGCACCUCCUCACAUGGAGGAGUACAGCCAGGACGGGAUGAUGAUGGAGCAGCAGGAGGCGCCAUCGGCUGACGGCUAUGGCUCCGGGGAGAACGGAUACAAGAUGGAGGCAGCGGGAGAUGAGUACUGAGACCACGCCCCCUUACAGAUAACGGCGUGUCCUCACAGCACGUGACGCCAGCGAGCGUCAGAAUCAGCCUCAAAUGUGUUUCCUGUUAAAAUUGUCCCAGCAGCACAUGAGCGAUGCAGCAGGAUGGAUCUAGGGAUGAGCAAAGAUACUAAAAUCCAGGUCUCCAUUUCUUCACUGGCUCCUGGUUGUAAUGCAGCACCUCCACCAGGGGGUGGCUGCAGCACGCUGGAACUGCCAAUACACCACUAAAGAAGAAGAGAGCAGGAACAUCCAGGGUUAGAGAAAUGAUCGAUUUUACUCAACAUUUUUAUGUAAAUGAGCAGUUAAACGAUUGUCAUCAAGUGAAGUAGAGUAUUAGUUAACAUCAGUCAAAGCAGUGCUAAAUCUAAUAGCUGCUAAAGGCCAUUUUUAUUGUGUUAGGAUCAAUAGAAUAUAAUUUUAAGGCUGAGAUCUAGCUGAGAUCCGCUUUAGCCUCUAUCUCCCUGUUUCUGAUGAUCCAGGAGCAUCCUGCAGGAGUAUUUCCUUGGUUUCCUUCUCCUUUAGUUUCUCAGAGUGUUCUAGUUUGUUUUACAGUGAAUCAAUAAUGUCUGUAUCUGUAAGUGAAAUGUGAAGUUGUGUUAACACAAAGGCAAAACUUGUAGCCUUCAAAAUAAAAGCCCUAGAUGCUGAAGGGGAAUGAAAUCUCUCCAGGAUGCAGUGAGCGUCUCAUGCUGCAUGAUGCUAACGAUAUCUGACGCUGGCGUGCUAUGAGGACACGCUGUAAGUUCACUCGUACUGAUCCUCCUCCCCCCUCACAGAUAAGUUCAUUCACCCUGUCGAUGAAGAUGUGCGAGGACAUAUUUUUAAAUUAUUUCACUGCUCACAGCUGAUUUGAUCGUGCUGAAAAUAAUCCGUGCCACUCUCUGAUCAGUGAUGUUUUAGUUUUCUCUGGUGAUGAAAUGUCAAAUCUGGAGCUCGUUUCGUUGUCGAAGGGUCGACCCGUUUGAUUUUCUGAUCGGUGGAGCCGGUGGCUUCCACCCAGUUUCUGCUCUCUGUGUGAAAUUGAAGGAAGUGUAGUAAUGUGACCACAAGGCUGUUCUGUUUAUUCAUUCUGGAAUAAAUUCUUUUUUUUAAGUA